UCCUCUGUGCGUGGAGUUGUAAUCCUCGCUUGUAAUAUUCCUGAUUGAAACACGGAAAAUGGCUGAUGAAAAGCGUCUAAAUGAAGGACAAAAAGGCAAUCAAAAGCUCGCAGACGUGGAAUAUCACAUUAAAGAAGUGUUUAAAAUUCUACAGGACGAAACAACAAGACUUCGCCAAGAGCAGGAAGCCAUGGAUGCCAUAUCGAAGAAACUGGAACAUGUUCACUUUUCUUCGACCGUGAAACUCAAUGUCGGAGGACAUACCUUCACAACAAGUGUUCAAACGCUUACCAAGGAUCCAAACUCCAUGUUGGCCGCUAUGUUUUCAGGGAGAUUUGAAAUGAAGGCUUCUGAAGACGGCGCUUUCUUUAUCGAUCGAGACGGAACUCACUUCCGGUUUAUACUCAAUUAUCUCCGCACUGGGAAAUUAACUUUGCCAGAUGGAGCAACAUUUCUAAAAGAACUUGCGGAAGAAGCUGAGUUUUAUCAGAUUCAAGGAAUAAUCGACGAGAUGAAGUCCACUAAAGCUGAAAUUCAAGCAGUUAGACCUUUACACAAUCCUUUUGAAGACUCGGUUAUCCUGACAAAUGAAGACCAUCGACGAGUAUUGUUAGGUUGGUUGUCUGAGUUUCGCGGAGAGUGGUGUCUUCUGUAUCGCGCUACUCGAGAUGGUUUCGAAGCUGCAAAUUUCCACGCCAAUUGUGACGACAAAGGACCCACGGUUACCAUUGUUAAAAGCGAAAACAACAUUUUCGGAGGAUUUACAGAGAUGCCAUGGCAAAGCGGACCGCAUCGAGGUUACAAAGCCUGUACCAAGGCGUUCUUGUUCAGUUUGGUCAACCCACUAGGCCUGGGUUCAACUAAACUGCCACUUAAAGAUCCAUUUCAACAGCUUUCCGCCAUUAAAUGUCACAGUGAUUAUGGACCAACGUUUGGCAACGGACACGAUCUCUCUAUCACAGGGCGCCACGGUUCACUUUAUCUUGACUGUUCUUAUAAAUGUCCUCCCGACUUAGGAGACGAGCAGAGAAGAUUCUUUACAGGGAGUGGACGUUUUCAAAUAACAAAUUAUGAAGUGUUUGGGAUCCGACAUUGACUUGAUGACAAACAGAAAACCGGAAUAUACAAUAUAAGAGAGGUUUUUUGUAUUAAUACCUCAUUUUAUACUAUCCCAAAUCAUAGAUUUUUCGAAAAAUAAGAAUGUUGGAGUAAAAAAUUCUUCGUCACCAGUGGAGUGUAGAUCCAUAUCUUGAUUGAAUGAAAUAAACUGGAACCCGAUCUUA